AUGGAAGCACUCGGACCGCAGCAACCGUCACAGCACCUUCACCACGCAUAUCGGCCUGGUCGAUCAACUGCGCAUCGAUCGCCUGGAGCACCAACCUACACCCGGCGCAUUCGCCAUCACUGUCCACACUGCCCUCGCACAUUCAUGAGCCGCAUUGGCCUAUUCGGUCACUUGCAUAUCCACGAGAGCGGAAUUGACCGCAGCCCUAACACACCCAGCACACCCACGCACCUAGCCCGCCCACAGCCCGCAAACCAGCGGGCCCUUCGCCGCCAAUUCCACCACGCUCAGCACAUCUUGCACACCCAGUAUGCUCAGCCCAACCCACACCCAUCGCUCAGCGCGUCCAUUACCACCAUCGUCGAAGCUGAUACCGGCGCCGCCGACGUCUCAUCUCCACACUGUCCCCCCAUAUUCACCUCAAGCAUCGGCCUGGUCAGCCACUUGCGAAUCCAUCACACAGGGGCUGGCGAACCAGUGGCUGGAGCAGCAACCUACACUCGCCGCAUCCGCCUCCUCUGCCCACAUCGCACUCGCACAUUUAUUCACAGCAUGGGUCUAUUAGGCCACAUGCACGUCCACGAGGACCUGGGGUAG